GCUGCCCUUCCUCCUCCCACCGGCGUCUCCAGGCCUCAAAACCAGGCUGGACAUGGCCUUGGCCACCGGGGCAGCAGCAGCAGCAAGAAGGACCCUCAGCUGGUCCUGCUCGCUCCUCCGGCGCGGCUACCAGACGGAGAGGGGCGUCUACGGCUGCCCGCCAAAGAAGACCGACAGCCGCGAGCCCCGGGGCGGCCCCGCGCGCCCCCCAGUUGAUCAUGGUCUUGCCAGGUUGGUGACAGUAUAUUGUGAGCAUGGUCACAAAGCUGCCCAAAUCAACCCCCUCUUCACUGGACAAGCCCUCUUGGACAACGUGCCUGAAAUCCAAGACCUUGUGCAGACGCUGCAGGGGCCCUUCACCACCACAGGAUUAUUGAACAUGGGCAAGGAAGAGGCCUCUCUUGAGGAAGUAUUAGCCUAUCUGAACCAAGUCUACUGUGGGCCAAUUUCUAUUGAAACUGCUCAACUUCAGAGUCAGGAGGAGAAAGACUGGUUUGCCAGGCGGUUUGAGGAGCUGAAAAAAGAGACAUUUACCACAGAAGAACGAAAACAUCUGUCAAAACUAAUGCUAGAAUCUCAGGAGUUUGACCACUUUCUGGCCACAAAGUUUGCCACAGUGAAGCGAUAUGGAGGUGAAGGGGCUGAAAGUAUGAUGGGUUUUUUCCAUGAGUUGCUGAAAAUGUCAGCCUACAGUGGGAUAACUGAUGUCAUUAUUGGGAUGCCCCAUCGAGGGAGGCUGAAUUUGUUGGCAGGCCUUUUGCAGUUACCUCCAGAGCUGAUGUUCCGUAAAAUGCAAGGCUUAAGUGAAUUUCCAGAAAAUUUCCCAGCCACUGGAGAUGUGCUUUCUCACCUGACGUCCUCUGUGGACCUGGACUUUGGUGCCCACCGUCCCCUCCAUGUGACAAUGCUACCUAACCCUUCACACUUGGAAGCCGUUAACCCAGUGGCUGUUGGGAAAACUCGUGGCAGGCAGCAGUCUUGUCAAGAUGGAGACUACUCUCCAGAUGGUUCUGCUCAGCCUGGGGACAAAGUCAUUUGCCUACAGGUUCAUGGUGAUGCUUCUUUCUGCGGUCAAGGGAUUGUUCUCGAAACAUUUACACUCUCUAAUCUCCCACAUUUCAGAAUUGGUGGGAGUAUCCAUUUGAUUGUCAAUAACCAACUGGGUUACACCACUCCAGCAGAAAGAGGAAGGUCUUCUUUAUACAGUAGCGAUAUUGGGAAGCUUGUGGGCUGUGCCAUCAUUCAUGUCAAUGGAGACAGGCCAGAGGAAGUGGUCCAGGCCACACGACUGGCUUUUGAGUAUCAGCGUCAGUUCCGCAAGGAUGUGAUUAUUGACUUGUUAUGCUACAGGCAGUGGGGCCACAAUGAGCUGGACGAACCUUUCUUCACCAACCCAGUCAUGUACAAAAUCAUCAGGGCUCGCAAGAGCAUCCCAGACACAUAUGCAGAGAACCUUGUUGCCAGUGGACUCAUGACCCAGGAGGAGGUGUCUGAAAUAAAAGUCUCCUACUAUGCCAAGUUAAAUGACCACUUAAGCAACAUGGCCCACUACCGCCCCCCUGCCACUAACCUGCAGGCCCACUGGCAGGGCCUGGUCCAGCCAGAAGCACGCAUCAACUGGGACACAGGCAUGCCCCUGGACCUCCUGCGGUUCAUUGGCGUGAAGUCUGUGGAGGUGCCGGAGGAACUGCAGGUGCACAGCCACCUUCUAAAGAUGUAUGUUCAGUCUAGAAUAGAGAAAGUAAUGAAUGAAACAAAUUUAGACUGGGCCACAGCAGAAACCCUCGCCUUGGGCUCCUUACUUGCACAAGGUUUUAAUGUCCGUCUGAGUGGUCAAGAUGUUGGCCGCGGCACGUUCAGUCAAAGGCAUGCAAUGGUUGUUUGCCAGAAGACCGAUGAUACCUACAUCCCUCUGAACCAUCUGGACCCUAACCAGAAGGGGUUUCUGGAGAUAUGCAACAGCCCCCUGUCAGAAGAGGCCGUCCUGGGAUUUGAGUAUGGGAUGAGCAUCGAGAGUCCAAAGUUACUGCCUCUCUGGGAGGCUCAGUUUGGCGAUUUCUUCAAUGGAGCCCAGAUCAUCUUUGACACGUUUAUCUCUGGAGGAGAGGCCAAGUGGCUCCUGCAGAGUGGCAUUGUCAUUCUUCUUCCACACGGCUAUGACGGGGCUGGACCCGACCACUCGUCGUGUCGAAUAGAGAGGUUCUUACAGCUGUGUGACAGUGCAGAAGAGGGGGUGGAUGGCGACACCGUGAACAUGUCCGUGGUGCAUCCGACCACUCCUGCACAGUAUUUCCACUUGCUCAGAAGACAGAUGGUCCGCAACUUCAGAAAACCCCUCAUUGUUGCUUCUCCCAAGAUGUUGCUCAGGUUCCCUGCAGCUGUGUCAACUCUUCAAGAAAUGGCACCAGGAACAACAUUCAAACCAGUCAUUGGUGAUUCUUCUGUGGAUCCAAAAAAUGUUAAGACCCUUGUUUUCUGCUGUGGCAAGCAUUUCUAUGCCCUGCUGAAGCAUAGAGAGUCUUUAGGAGCCAAGAAGCAUGACUUUGCCAUCAUCCGAAUAGAGGAAGUCUGCCCUUUCCCACUGGACUCAUUACAACAAGAAAUGAGCAAAUACACAUACGUUCAAGAUUUUAUUUGGAGUCAGGAGGAGCCUCAGAACAUGGGUCCAUGGUUUUUCGUUUCUCCAAGGUUUGAAAAGCAACUGGCUUGCAAGCUCCGUCUUGUGAGCCGGCCCCCCUUGCCAGCCCCUGCAGUGGGGAUUGGCACGGUACACCUACAGCAGCAUGAAGACAUCCUCACCAGAACCUUCACUUGAUGUGUCCUUUGAAGAGACACUACCUUUUCUUAAGCACACUGCCAUAGAAAGAAAGGCCUGCCUCCUCUACUCUCUGCCCUUUCACCUAGGUAACAUGAAAAGUCUGAAUUCCUCUAAAAUAUUAGGAUUGAUUCAGACAGUUUAAUCUGGAAGAGGUGAAAUAAGCAGGGGGAUUAUUAUAAAUAUGUGAAUUGCACAGUGAUUAUGCAUUGGUUAGAUGUGAGUGAACUGGAGAACAAGGCCAUUAGCUAGAUGGUUUCUGACUCUAGUAAUUAACCAGGCAAAAUUCUCUAGACAUAAUUUAGAGGCAUGUAUAGAUGACCUCAAACAAAUUCUCAAUUUGUUUGACACAUGUCAUGUUCAUUAAUUUUCCCUUCCUUUCUCCAAGCCCUGUGAGUACCAGUAUUUUCAGUUUAUGUAAUCUCCCAGCACUGUGCAAAAUUUUCUGCCAAAUACCAGCAAAACUAGAUUGUUCUUGAUUUAUGGACUUCAAGUGAGCUUUUAUCCUUAAACCUAACUCCUAUUCAGUAUAAAUCUCUGUGUAUGUGAUUGUUUAGCUCUGUAUUUUAAAAUUAAGGAGUUUUAACUAUGCUAAAAUUGAUUUGUGAUCUAUUUUUCCACCAAAUUGUUUUGCAAUGAUACCUUAUGAUUGUCAACUGACUUUGGUGUCUGAUAUGGGGAUUUCUGCUCCUGGUUAAUCAGUUUUGCCUCUAAAAGUCCCAGCUGCAAUGUAAAUGUUUAUUUGUGGAUUUAAAGAGUACUUUAACUUUGACAGAGGGACCUUCCCAGUGCCAGGUUCUUGGGGAUUUCUUAGAGGUCACCAAGUGACUUGCUCCAUCUGAAAUGAAACCUAGGGUCAGAAGGCAUGCUCAAGUGGCAGAGUGCUGGCCUAGUAUGCAUGAGGCCCUGGGUUCAAUCUCCACUACUGAAAAAAAAAAUUAAGCCUAGUGCUGAAAGCAUAACUGAACAACAAACUAUGUAGCUUCACUCAUCUUGGUGCUGUGGAGCCUGUGCCAUCUAUCAUUCUUGCAUAAGGACUCUCUUUUUGAGAAGUGGGGGGAGGAAUCCUGGGGCCUUGUAUGCACCAUUCCUUCUCUGCUCUUACCAGCAACUGGCUGUGUCUUACAGAACCAAUGUAUAGUUUGUUUUGUCCACAAGGGUAAAUUCAUAAUUCACAUCAUAAAUGUGACAUUAGGGUAUGGAUUAAACACUUUUAUAGUAGUUACUUCUCUUUUCUUUCUAUGUACCCCAGUGCUUCCUUCUGUGUCAAGCCUUAUGAAUCAUGUAACUUAGCACCACUCAUGUCAAUCAGUAAAAUUACAAAUGCCUAUUUAAUGAGAGUGAGUAUCA